AUGGGAUAUGCCGCUACGACUACGAGCGAUCUUAACCGGGAUCAGCCAGAUCAAACAUUCUCCAAAUUUCCACAUUUAUCGUGGGGAGCUUCCCCAACCUUGCCAUUACGAUUUGACCUCUUUACAUCGCUUCAAUGUCCGCAAUUUCCCUUCAAGCGCGUCAGCUUUGGUCCUGUUGAGGUACUGCUGAUGAAAGAGUCGCUCGAAUUCGCCAUGGCCAGCUUGGCCAAAUCACAACAGGGCCAUUCAAGGGUCGAGGAGAAGCGCAUGACACGCGACGGCCCCCAGCCACGAAGAGCAUUCAUCUCUGCGUCCCAACAACGACGGUCUUCCGGGUAUCCAGCAUCAUGGACAUCUAGAUGGAAACACCGCCAGCAACCUCCAUCAAUCCGAUAUCAGACUGAACCGCAGGACAGCUCACCUGGGCCGCCGGUCCUUAUUCGAAGAGAAUCCUCCCAAACACUGCUGGAUUCGGAUGAGGAGCCGGAGCUCGUCCUUCCGAAAUCCAUCCAAGUCGGCCCAGAAGUAUUAUCGGUGAACCGCUUCUACACCAACUAUGCCGCGCAAGCGAGUAUCAUGAUUUUCAGUCGGCUCCCCGAGUACUACGAUGUCGAUCUCUCUGAUGCCAGUCACGCACGACACGCCACACACGCUGUGGCUUUAGCGAGUGCCUCUCGAUCACUCCGUCAGUCAGGGCUCAUGGUCGAAGCUCGUCGACAUUACGGCAAAGCCAUUUCGACUCUGAACCAAGCCCUUCAAGACCCAGUUGCUGUGCGAGACGAUGCCAACCUGGUCACGUUGUUUUUAUUUGGCAUGUUCGAGCAGGUCAUCAAUGGCAAGCGAGGCACAAGCACAAUUGACUUGCAAGAGAACGUAUUUCCCCACGGGGCAGGAGGCUUGCAGUUAUUCAAGUUCCGGGCAGAACAUGGCCUGACAAACGAAGUCGAUAAAGCCUGCUUCACCUUCUUCUGUCAUGCGGCGUUAAUGGAGAUGUUCAUACAACGAGACCACUUGACGCCUCUAUGGUCAAUGCUGGAAGAAGUGGAAACUCCGUGGGGCAAAGGCCCGGUUCUCGAGCCGCUUGUUCGACAGGUAGUCGAUUUCAAGAGAGCCUUUGACUUCAAGGUGCAAGUCCAAGGUAACUUGACCAAGUUAACCGAAAGCCCCCCGGAGGAUUUGCUAGACCUCAUCCGGAACGGGAUCGAUUUAAGCAGCGACCUUGAGGCAGCCGUCGCAUUCCUCGGUUUCUCUGGUGCUUCAACAUGCUCCGGACAGCAGCAAAAAGUCUUCAACGGUCUAUUCUCACUGUCGUCCGAGUCAUCCGUUGCUAUCGCGCGAAGUCAUUACCGUUCCCUUCGUGUAUACCUCUUAGAGAGGAUUAUCGAGUUACGAAACACUAUAAAAGAGAGCAGCGGCAAAGUCGCCAUAAGCUUAGGUCCUAUGCCGAGUUGGUCGGAUGGUGUCUCUGUCGUUGAAGACGUUCUCGAAGAUAUCCGAACGGUAUUCGGCCUAGAAGGGAAGAAAGAGGCGCCAACUGAGGGCAUUGCUUACAGAACCAUGACAAUGUUCUGGCCAAUGGUUAUGGUACGCACUUCAUGUUUUUCAGGCCCCCAUAAUGGUAGCUGCGAGUGCUUGAAGGCAUUGCUUCAGAUCACCGAGGCGUAUAUGGAAAAUGGACAGAACGGCUGGGAAUUUCACGAAGCUAGGAAUCGGGCACAUGAAAAUGCAUGUAUUUUUGGUCAUGGACUCACGAGUCACGGUCGGAACAUGGGACAGAAAUCCUCCCAUAGUGAUGGCGAACUUACGAAUAAGAUACCAUUAAUGUUUCAAAAUGAGGGCAAGGAUGGGUAUGCAUUGGAAGCCUCGAGCUGUGAUGAUUGUAUUGAAGCGUGUUUCUGGGAGUCGUUGUUGGCAAUAAUCCACCGCGCAUGGGAUGAGAAUGGUCAUCACGCUCUACUACUGCUGUCUUCGGUUGGGCUUUCGGGCAAACAAUACGAGCGCCAAGUGGAUGGCAAGCUCGAGCAUUUGAGAGAAUCGAUCCGGCAAAGAAUAUCCGGAGGAUUCAUCAAGGUAGAUGUGGCUCGCCGGUUAACUGCAGCGAGGGAAGCAAACAAGCCGCACGAAAGCAGAGAAAGGGUCGAGUGA